AAUUCCAUUCUUAAUCACACUGAAAGCAAAAGGAAAGAACUCCACUUCUUUAGUAGAAAAGGAAAGCAGAUUAUUGACUUGCCUGUUCUUCUUCUUCGACAUUCUCUCUCUCUAAAACCCAUUCUUACUCACAGAGAAGAAUGUUGAAUCUUUUCUUGUAAUGGGUUUGUCUUUUAGGUGUGUUUUGGAAGCAUCGUCCUGUGAUCCUCCACUGUGAUAUAGUGAAGUAUUUGAAGUCUGUUUGUUUUCUUGGUAAUCCUUUGGCAUUCGGCCAGAUGGGAAAGACAAUUCAGGUGUAUGGCUUCCCAUAUCUUAUUGCUGCUGAUGUGGUUAAAAACUUCUUGGAGCAGCAAACAGGCCAAGGGACUAUAGUUGCUUUGGAAGUGAAACCAUCAAAAAAAGGUCCAAGGGCAUAUGCCAAAGUCCAAUUUACACACAGCAGGUAUGCGGAGAUGAUUCAGAAUUUGGCAAGUACACGCUUGUACUAUGGUACUUCUUAUUUGAGGGUCUGGGAAUCCGACAGUGACAUUGUACACAAUCCUAGAACAUACGUGCAUGAAAUGGAGCAAGUAACUUUGAAUUUUGGAUGCCAGACAUCAAGAGAGAAAUUUUCAGUCCUCUGGAAAGUGGCAAGUGUUUCGGUUAAAUUUGGAACUGGGAUGAAGAAAAUGCACUUCCUUUUGUGUCAUAAUUCAGUUGAGUACAAGCUUCAGCUCUCCUAUGAAAAUAUAUGGCAGAUUGUGCUAUACCAUCCACAUGGUCAAACUGCAAAGCUUCUUCUCAUACAGUUAUUUGGUGCGCCUCGGAUCUACAAGAAGGUCAGUGAGUCUAUUUAUAGUUAUUUUAGCGAAACUCAAGAUGAUCAGUGGAUCAGGACAACUGACUUCACUCCAUCUUGUAUUGGACAAGCUUCUGGUUUGUGCCUUGAGCUUCCUUAUGGCAUGAGACUUCCAAAUUUCCAGGACCAUUUUGUUUAUUACAGUAAAAGCGAAAAUCCAUUCCAUUUGGAGAGAGGUGCCCCCUUUUCUCAUAACCUGGAUCUAGUUCCAAUUCUACAUCCUCCCCGAGGAUUCGAAUUGCCUUACAGAAUACUAUUUAAGGUUUGCAGUUUAGUACAGACAGGAUGUCUCCCGGGGCCCAAGCUAGACGCUAGAUUCUUUCAGUUGGUCAAUCCACAGAGAAUCAAUACUAAAUAUGUAGAACACGCUCUAGAGAAACUCUACUAUUUGAAAGAGUGCUGCUAUGAUCCAACGACAUGGCUUAUGGAGCAGUAUGAGAAAUACCGCACAGCAAAAGAGCAACCAACAUCACCUGUUAUUUCUUUAGGUGAUGGUCUGGUAUAUGUGCACAGGGUUCAAGUAACUCCAACCAAAGUGUAUUUCUCUGGUCCAGAAGUAAAUGUCUCAAACCGUGUCUUACGCCACUAUAGCGAUUACAUUGAUAAUUUUCUUCGUGUUUCAUUUGUGGAUGAGGAGUGGGAUAAAAUGUAUUCAACUGAUUUAUCUCCAAGGGUAGCUUCUGCUGAUGAAAACGGAAAAACAAAGCUUUAUGAGAGGAUACUUAAAACCCUUAGGGAAGGAAUUAGAAUUGGAAACAAGAAUUUUGAAUUUCUUGCUUUCUCCUCAAGCCAAUUACGGGAUAACUCUCUCUGGAUGUUUGCUCCAACCAAUAACCUUAAUGCUCAUUAUAUUAGACAGUGGAUGGGUGACUUCCGUUCCAUAAGAAAUGUGGCGAAGUAUGCUGCCAGACUUGGUCAAUCCUUUGGUUCAUCCACAGAAACUCUAAGUGUUGGUCAACAUGAGAUUGAAAGAAUCCCUGAUAUUGAGGCUGUAAGAGGUGGAACCAAGUAUAUCUUUUCUGAUGGAAUCGGGAAGAUAUCAGCAGAAUUUGCUCGGAGAGUUGCUGUAAGGUGUGGAGUUAAGAAUUCUACUCCAUCUGCCUUUCAGAUCAGGUAUGGUGGCUAUAAAGGAGUUGUGGCUGUUGAUCCCACUUCAUCAGUGAAGUUGUCAUUGAGAUCAAGCAUGUUGAAGUAUCAGUCAGAAAAUACAAAACUUGAUGUUCUGGCAUGGAGCAAAUAUCAACCGUGUUUCUUGAAUCGCCAAAUUAUCACACUUCUAUCUACUCUUGGUGUCAAGGAUCAUGCUUUCGAGAGGAAGCAAAGAGAAGCAGUAGCUCAGCUGGACGAUAUUUUGGUUGAUCCAUUGAGAGCCCAGGAAGCUCUGGAUUUGAUGGCUCCGGGAGAAAAUACUAACAUUCUCAAGGAAAUGUUAAAAUGUGGCUAUAAGCCCGAUGGUGAACCAUUUCUUUCAAUGAUGCUCCAAACUUUUCGCGCAUCAAAGUUACUGGAUUUACGGCUGAAAGCUAGAAUAUUUGUCCCACAAGGUCGGCAAAUGAUGGGUUGCCUAGAUGAAACUGGCACUCUGGAAUAUGGAGAGGUGUUCGUGCAAUUUUCUGGAGCUUUAAGGAGACAGUUCAAUGAGGAGUCCAUUAUGUUCAAUGACUAUAUGUCAGAAUAUAAUUACAUUGUCAAAGGGAAGGUGGUUGUGGCUAAAAACCCAUGCCUGCACCCUGGUGACGUCCGUGUUUUGAAAGCCGUUGAUGUGGAAGCACUGCAUCACAUGGUGGACUGUGUUGUUUUCCCCAAGAAAGGAAUGAGACCCCAUCCAAAUGAAUGUUCUGGGAGUGAUUUAGAUGGGGACAUAUAUUUUGUUUGUUGGGACCCUGACUUGAUUCCACCAAGACAAGUCUCACCAAUGGAUUACGAUCCCGCACCAACCACUGGUCUGGAUCACGACGUGACAAUUGAGGAAGUUGAGGAAUACUUCACCAAUUACAUUGUUAACGACAGUUUAGGAAUCAUUUCAAAUGCUCACACUGUCUUUGCUGACAAGGAAGAAUCCAUGGCGUUAAGUGAGUCCUGUUUGGAACUCGCUAGGUUGUUCUCAAUCGCUGUCGACUUUCCAAAAACUGGCGUCCCUGCAGAAAUCCCAUCUCAUUUACGUGUAAAAGAGUACCCUGAUUUCAUGGACAAGCCCGACAAGACGGCCUAUGAGUCCAAGCGUGUGAUUGGGAAGCUUUAUAGGGAGGUGAAAGAUAUAGCUCCACAUACAACCUCUUCCAAGUCCUUCACGAAAGAAGUGGCGAGGAGAUCAUACGACCCUGAUAUGGAAGUUGAUGGAUUCAAAGAUUACAUUGACGAAGCCUUUGAUUACAAAACUGAGUACGAUUACAAGCUGGGUAAUCUGAUGGAGUAUUAUGGCAUAAAAACUGAGGCUGAAAUAUUGAGCGGUGGUAUCAUGAAGACAUCAAAAACUUUUGAUCGAAGGAAAGAUGCAGAAGCCAUUGGUGUGGCAGUGAGGUCGUUGAGGAAUGAAGCUAGAUCCUGGUUCAAGAAAGGAAGUGAAUCAGAUGACCCUUACGCAAAGGCAUCGGCUUGGUAUCAUGUGACAUAUCAUCCUGAUUUCUGGGGUUCCUACAAUGAGGGGCUCAAGAGGGAUCACUAUAUUAGUUUCCCCUGGUGCGUGUACGACAAACUGAUCAAGAUCAAGGAGGACAACUCGAGAAGGGCACCCGGCAUAUCAUCACUUGAAUGGCAGUUGGGAAAUCGCCUACGUUUCAUAUGAGAAACUUAGUUCCUGUCCUCAUUCCGACUGUGAAUAGACUGUCUAGACAUCUUAAUGGGUGUAUGUAUACAUGUAUGUCUGUCCGGCGAGUGCGCAUGUGUGAGUGAUGAAGUUUGCGUAGUUUAUAGCCAACUUUCUGGUUUGUGGCCCGUGGUGGACAUAGCAGAUGUAGAGGAUUCCGCUUUUUGGUGUCUGGAACUAAUCCAUUAGAAUUGGAUUAUUAAUUUCUAUGCUUUUACUUGGCUAUGUUUCUAAUUACA